GAAUAAUAAUUAUUUAUAUUCAAUGAGUAAUGUGAAAUCAUUUUAAAUCUCUAAUAUAAGUCUAGUGAACUGAAGCACUCCAGUAUAAACAUCCUUGCCAUCGUUCCUCUAUUUAUAAAUUCUUCUAUUUUGCCAACUUGAAUAAAUUCAACUACUUGCUGUGUGCUGGUGAAAAAAUCAUAUUAAUCGUUAGUUUCUUACUGAAAUUAAGAAACUAACAAUUCAAAUUCAACUACUUGCUGUGUGCUGGUGAAAAAAUCAUAUUAAUCGUUAGUUUCUUACUGAAAUUAAAUGGAAGAAAAGCGAGUUACCCAAGCUUCGCAAAUUUACUAAAAAAUCAAUUCAACUAUCAUCAGGAAUAAGAUUGAGUAUCAAAAGGCCAAGCUCGGUAGUUCAUCAUAUAAUAACUUGAACUAUAAAAUAACAACAAUGUCGAGAGGCUUCAAUACGAGCGGAGGAGCGACAAUGUUAUUUUACGCACUCUUGAUAUGCUGGAUUUGUUGCUCGGCAUCUGCUUCACGUCUGGGUAGUUUGGUGAAGCGAGAAGCCGAAGAUGAAAGCUUUUAUGCAGAUGAACCGCCACCCACUCUGCCUCCUGAUUUCAACAUCUGCGACUUGAAAGGCAGUUACCCCAUAUACUGCUACUGCAACUACAUCACGCCCAACGACGCGACAGAAGGGAACUGCUGGAUCAUUGACGACAUGUCGUCAGACGAGAACCAGCACAUCUGGGAAGGCCUGAGUACCCAGUCCGGGAUACAGACCCUGACUCUGCACCUGCGCUCUGACGGGAUCCUACACAGGAUACCAUCUAUUGCCAUACAACAUUUGCCGAACAUCAAGUCUUUUGAGGUGCAAUACGGAACCAUCGAAGCCAUCUUGCCUUUCAACUUCGCCAAUUCCUCGACACUGGAAAAAAUUUCGCUAGCACGCAACUCCAUCGCGAGGCUGGAGAGUAACGCGUUUGCAAAUCUUCCCUCUCUGGUGACGCUCAAUUUUGGAGAGAACCACUUGGCCGACAUCAACCGAAGUGUUUUUGUCAACCUGCCCAAGUUGACACAUUUAUCGAUGGACCGCAACAAGAUUACAGGCAUCGAAGACCGCGCCUUUAUAGAGCUGCACAGUCUUGUUGAACUCAAGCUUUUCACCAACCAAAUCAAGGCGAUCGUCCCAGCCACUUUCAAAGGCCUCAAGAACCUAGAGAUUUUAGACCUUCACAUGAACCACUUGGAAGUGAUCGGCGACCACACCUUCAAGGCCCUCAAGAGCCUUCAAGAACUCGACCUCAGGGGGAACUCAAUCAAAUACAUCGCACCAGACAGCUUCAUCGGCCUCACCAAACUUAAGAAUUUGAACUUGCAGGACAACAAGCUGUUGUCGCUAGGGGCGACGGUGUUCACGGAGACGACCAGUAUAAUGAAGCUGGACCUGCGUAACAAUGUGCUGGAGACUCUCACGCAAGACACGGUACAGCCUAUCUUGGACAACCUCAACAACCCUCUCAUGCAGUUCUACGCUGAUGGCAACAGUUUUCGAUGCGACGACCGUCUCGCAUGGAUGUUCCACCUCAUGAACACGACCAGCUCGUCUCUGGUACGCCACGGUCUCAGCGAUAUCUACUGCUACCUCGAGGGCGCCCCACUACCUACAAGACUCACUACUGUCGACACCGUCACUUACGACCACGUCACCACACCUCUCGGAAUCGGUCCCAAAAUUCAGCUCUUCCGCUUGAAGAUAACUGAAUUGCCGGAUCACACUAGGAUUCAACUCUUGAGUACCUCAGACCCAGACUGCGACCAGACGGACAAUAUCAUCGACACGGCCUCACCAACGGACUCAUACCAAGGCAACCGCUCCCGCAGCGGCACGAGGCGUCGCAACAAUCGUGGCAGAGCCCGAAAGCCCAUCAGCCCCUCCGAGUCUUCACCGGUCAAUGAGCCUCAAAGUGACACGUCCAUGACCAUUGAAGAGUCAGACUUCGAGGACAUGGACAAACAGCCCAUGACUAGGAGGAAAGUGGCCGAUUCCGCUCUGGCUGAGCCCGUGCAUGAUGCCAGACCUUCAAUGGGGUCCCGGUCGCUCAGGGAUUGGACGAACGUCUCUUUCUGCUUACUUUCCUUGCUUGCAUUUAAUCGAAUUCUGCGUUAAAAGGAUGCUGCUCAUUGAUGGAUCCUAGCGUCGCAAGAGCGCAUGAGUGUCGCUGAUUUUUGACGCUACUAGUCUCUCUCCAGGUAUAACUUUGUUAAUUUCGUGAUAGGUGUUUACACUUGCAAAGUGCAUGGCUGAUUGUUUUGUAGCUUGUGAAAUAUUUCUAAAAGUUAAAAGCCCUGAGCUCAGCAAAAGUGAUUAGAAGCAAAGUAGCUCCAAAAUGGUCCUUAGAAGAUUUUGUCAGUAAAAAUUUAUAUAACGAGCAGCACCAGCAAAUUCCGAGAUAAGUAUCAGCAUAUUUUCUUCUUCGUAUCUAUCUUCAAAGGUGCGUACGUACAUCGAGCUUUUCAGAAAUCAAUUUCAUGGAUAGUAAGAAAUGAGAUAUGUAAUAGUUGAUAUAGAUUCUCAAUCCCAACAGUGAACUUCAAUCCAGCUGCUUUCAUUGUAGAUUAAGGUUGUGGAGAGUCCAAAUUUAAGAAACAGUUACGGCCUUGAGGUGACUGAGGUCUGAAAUGCUAGCGGCCUUGUUGUUUCCCAAUCAACGAUGAGUCAUCGAUGAAAUUAUCGAUUUUGAAAUUUAUAGAAAACCUCAUAACACUUUGAAAACUAUUAACUAAUAUCGAGGUAAUUCAAAUAUUAAAUUAUUAUUAUUAGAGUUGUUGAUGCUUGGAAUAAAUUUGUUUUAUAUUUUUUAACACUGCCCAGUUCCAAUGUGCACAGCUCAGACACAUUGAACAAAAUGUAUUACCUUGAAUACCUAACAAAACUGGAAAAAGAGUUCCCAUUUUUUGGCAUUAUGUUUUUGUGAAUAUGAAUCGCGGUGCGUUGUAAGAGUAAAAAUUGAACCACGGAUUUAAUGAGACACAUUUAUUCACUUACACACCUCUGGCGAGCUUAGUCCUAUGUUGUGUAAAUAUAAAUUAGCAAUACUGAUACGAUCUUACCUAAUUAUAGAAUGUACAUGUAGAUUGUUUAACUUAAGCUUAUAGUCCUAGAAUUAUUAAAAACUAUAGUUAAUACUGAAUUAAAAAUUAGUUCUCUGUCUCAUGCCGAAUUUACCGUAGGAUGUAAAUAUAAACGAAGCGUCAUUCGAAAACUAAUCAACAAUAGAUUGUUAAAGUAAUUCCUCGCAUGAAAUUCCAUCGAAUUGAGCAACGAUAUUCUGCUGCAAUGGUACUAAGUACUUUUAAGUCUCACACGCCUUGUGCUGAUCGAACUUACACGAAUUCGUUUUAUUGUUCUCCUAAAACUUACAACACUUGAACCAAACCUGACUUGCAAACCUGUUAUGAAAACCCUUUUGGCCAGAAUACUAUAUUUGAAUAAUCUCUGGAGCUAUUUAACUAUAGUAAUAAAAAAUAUAACUCAGUACUCACUGCAGUGAGUGACAGAGA